AUGCUAUAUGUACGACUGUCGUCCAUGGACGACAUCUAUGUAGAACUAUUGUCCAUGGACGAUAUGUUAUGUAGAGCGGAGCCUCCUCCGUUGGGUCUCGCGGCCCCAUGUGCGGGCUGCGACAAACCGAUCCUGGACAAAUUCCUCCUGAACGUUCUCGAACGAGGUUGGCACGCCAGUUGUGUGAGGUGUUGUGACUGUUUGCAACCUCUGACGGACAAGUGCUUCUCCAGGGAAGCGAAACUGUUCUGUCGGAACGACUUCUUUAGGCGAUACGGUACGAAAUGCAGUGGAUGCGGUCAAGGAAUCGCUCCUUCGGACCUGGUCAGGAAACCUAGGGACAAGGUCUUCCAUCUGAACUGCUUCACGUGUCUUGUUUGCCGCAAACAAUUGUCGACGGGCGAACAAUUGUAUGUUCUCGAUGACAAUAAGUUUGUUUGCAAGGACGAUUAUCUGACGGGAAAGGCGAACGCGGUUGCGGCUGCUG